UCCGGAUGUGACGUAAUUUUCGCGAUGGCGGCGCUGACGUCCUUGGUGCUGCAGCUCAGAGCAGGUCUGUUGGUUCCCAGUAAGUCUGUUCUGACAGAUUCGGUGAGGUUCGCGUCUAAGAAGGCUGGUGGCAGCAGCAAGAACCUCGGAGGAAAGAGCGCGGGCCGGAGAUACGGCUUGAAGAAAUCGGAAAGUGACUUUGUCCAUGCUGGCAACAUCCUGGCAACGCAGCGGCAGCUGAGGUACCAUCCGGGAGCACAUGUGGGGAAGGGAACCAACAACACUCUCUAUGCUCUGGAAGACGGCCACGUCAAGAUGACUAAGGAGGUGUACAUCCCCGCGCCGCGCAGCCCCGAGGCCACCACCGUUAUCACCAAGCUGCCCAAAGGAGCCGUGCUCUACAAGACCUUCAUCAACGUCCUGCCCGCCAAGCAGGGGGGCAAGUUCAAACUGGUGGACAUGGUCUGAAACCGGGACUGGACCGGGUCUGGACCGGAUCUGACUGACGAGUCUCGUAUUCAGGAGCCGGUCAGGAUUCGUUUUGAAUCACACUUUCUGAUCUGAGACCUGAGUGACUCCCGAACUCCGUCUGACCUUGUGCCUCCGAGUUAGUCAUGUGACUCUUAAACGGAUUUGAACGUCAUCGGUAACGAGUUCCUGCUGCAGUCAGAACAGGUUCUCUGUCGGAAUAGUUGGACUCUUGUAUUUAAUCAUGUUCCAGUGAAGAUAAAUGUACAGCACACAACAAAACCCCCGAUACUGAAUCCAGUUGUUCUCCAUCAGCUGCUGUCAGUUUGAGCACUGAACAUCAUAUUAAAGGUUUUGAUGUGAAUAUCUCAACA